AUGCCAAAAGUAACUGAUAUUGAUCCAAAUUUGAAUGAUAUUUAUGAAACGGACACAGAAUCUCAAUCUGAUGACAAACUUAAAUUGCCUCUAUACUACGAGAAUCGAUUUGGAUCAACCGCUCUUUCGUUGAAAUUUUCAAGCCCGAUUUGGCCAAAUCUUCGUACAAAUUUCGAAGAUCUUUAUUGCGCCGGAGAGUAUUUCAUAGCCAUAAAUGUUAUUUCUCAGUUCCAUCAAGCACGUUCCUUAAUAUCUUCCAUUUUUUCACAAACUGCUUCGAGAUCUUUCAACGAGUCUUCGAUAAAGUCGCAGUAUUUUGUUAUGGCCAAUCUUUGCAGUCAUCGUUGA